GUGGCUGCAACAGUACAAAUUGAAUAGAGAUAGACGCUCACCAAUUGCGUGCGCAUUUAGACGUGUGUGGCUAUUUUUUUUUUCGUCUCAUUUUGUUGUUGUUUGCCUCUUGUGUUGUAUGCCGCAAAACAACAGUUGAAAUCAACAAUAACAAGACGAGAGUGCGCCUUAUUUGCACGCGUGUUUUUUGUGUGUGCGCGUGUGUUUGUUUUAACACUACUGGUUGGUUUUUUGGUUUUAAUUGAAUGCGGGAAACAACACAACACGAAGAGAAAUGUUGAGUGAGCGACAAUAAUGUGAGAAGAUGGAUUUCGCGAAUCGCAAUAAUACGGCCAACAAGUUUGUCUGCCCCAGCGACAGGCAGCUGGCCUUGCGUGCCAAAUUGAAAGCCGGCUGGAGCAGUUCAAAGACCAAUGAACCGCUGCGCCCCGAGGAACAAGAGGCCAUCAUAUCGGUGAUCCGGCGCAACGAGGAGAUCGAGACAGCGGAGCGACAACGCGUUGGCCGCCUCGUCGAGCGUGUCGAGAAGAUCAAGCUGCAUGCGGUCGAGCGGGGUCCAAACUGUUGUCGGCUAUGUGGCGACACCUUCGGACUGUUGCGGCCGCAGCGCAUCAUCUGCGAGGACUGCCGCAAAUCGGUGUGCACCAAGUGCAGCGUGGACAUCAACAUCAGGUACAACAAUAGCGAACGGACGCGCGAGAUUUGGCUGUGUCGCAUCUGCAGCGAGACGCGCGAGAUGUGGAAGAAGUCGGGCGCGUGGUUCUUCAAGGGUCUGCCCAACUACGAUAUGCCGCGCAGUGCCAGUGCCACGCCCAUGGCCACACCCACAGGCGGAGGGCGGGCGGUGCAGAGUUGCCACGGGACGCCGACGCGUGGCGCACGCAUCAAGAAGCUAACGAUCAGGGUCAACGACAGCAGCAGCAGCAGCAGCAACGCCAGCGGGCAGUCCGAGGGCGAGGAUGAGCUGGACGGCGCCUCCUCCGCCAAGGGAAACACCAGCAGGGAAACUGCAGCUGCAGUUGCAUCUGCGGCGGCAGCAUCGCGACUCCAGCGUGAUGAGAGCUUUCGAUUGCGCGCCUACGGCUCCAUUCGCAGUUUCAUCGAUGGCGGCGAACGCAAACUCUCGAACUCCUUCUUCUUUGGCCGCCAACAGGGUCAGGGACCGGGUCAGGGUCAGGGUCAGGGCCAGGGGCAUCUGCUGGCUGGCCAGGAUUACGACAAUGUGAGCAUGUCGAAUGUGUCGACGGUCGCGCAAUUGCGUCGUGAGAGCAGCUUCCUGCGACGCAGCUCGGUCAGCUCGUCGUGGUCCUUUAGCGACAGCUCCGGCUCUGGCAACUCGGCCACCCAAUCCCAGCAACAACAGUGCCCAACGUCACAACAUCCGCAUCAACAGCAGCAGCAGCAUUGUCGCGACCCUUUGCUCGGCUGGCUGGAGAUUGCCAUCAGCUAUCGGGAGAGCUUCCACAGUCUGGACUGCACCAUGGUGCGUGCUCGAGAUUUGCCCGCCAUGGAUGCCGCCGGCUUGGCUGAUCCCUACUGCAAGCUGAACAUCAUUACGCCGGAGGCUCACACCAAAUACACACGCUGGCAACGCACUAAAACUGUGCACAAGACCCGCAAUCCGGACUUCAAUGAGACCCUCCAGUUUGUUGGUGUUGAGCCCGAGGAGCUCGGCAAUUCCCUUCUCUAUGUGGCGCUCUUUGACGAUGACAAAUAUGGUCACGAUUUUCUUGGCGCUGCCAAGGUUUGUCUCUCCACGGUGCACAGCACAUCGCAGUAUCGAAUAUCGGUGCCGCUGGGCGUGGAGGAUCAAUAUAGCAAUGAGGCGGAGAUGUCGCAGAGUUGGCCCAAUGGCAAGAUGCUCAUCUCGCUGUGCUACAACACGAAACGCCGAGCGCUGGUCGUGAACGUUAAGCAGUGCAUCAAUCUGCUGGCCAUGGACAACAAUGGUAGCUCGGAUCCUUUUGUCAAGCUACAACUGAAACCGGAUGCGCACAAGAAUAAGAAGCACAAGACGAGCGUUAAGUGGCGCACACUGAAUCCCAUAUACAACGAGGAGUUCUAUUUCGAGGCCAGUCCCCACGAUCUCAACAAGGAGAUGCUCAUUCUGACCGUGUGGGACAAGGACUUGGGCAAAAGCAACGACUUCCUGGGCAGCCUGCAGCUGGGCGCACAAAGCAAAGGCGAUCGGCUGCAGCAGUGGCUCGACUGUAUCCGUCUACCCGACCACUUCCAUGAGAAAUGGCAUUGUCUCGCUCCAGACAAUCCAACCCAUUGAAUUGCUUUACUCCCAACUCCCAACUCCCGACCCCCGAUUCUGCCUCCAGUCCCCCUACCGAAAUAUUUACAUAUAGUAUAUAAAUAUACCGUAAACAUAUAUAUUUUUGAUAUGCCUGCCUGCAUGCAAGUGUGCGUGUGUGUGUGUGUAUGUGUGCGCAUGGGUGUGUAGUGUAGUGUAGUGUGUGUGUGUGUUUGCGAGUGUUGCACUCGAGUCGAGAUCGCUUUGCAUAUCAUUUUGCUCAACCUAACCUCAAAUUUGUCAAGGCUUCACGUUUGCGCUUCUUCUUG